CAGCAGCAGAGCAAACCUUGGAAACAGACGUCACAGUUAUGUAUGCUUGGCACGCUUUCAGGAAAUUUGUAAUGAGGUUGCAACACGCGAUCCUUUGGGGAAUAUCUGUGGCUGGGUGUAACAAGGGUUUAAAAAUCCACCUGUGCAUCACUCAGUCUGCUGCUGCGCGCCUGCUAGAGCGAGUUCAAGAAUUUCUUCGUUUUAAGAGGGAAAGUUCAACAGAGAGAACAAUGAAGCUCGACUGGUCUGAGAACUACAGCUAUCCGAACUCAGCUUUUAUCGGAGUAGACCCGCACAGUGGGUCCAACAACAUUGAUCAUCGCACCAGUGAAAUCUCAUUGAAGGAGCUCAUUGUGAGACGAGGCCAGCCCUUCAAAUUCACCCUCAAACUGGCCAAACCUUUCAAUCCCGCCUUUGAUGAGCUCAUCAUGACUGUUAAGACUGGAGACCAUCCUUCUGAAGACCUCGGGACGAUGUCUCGCUUUGGUGUCCCAGACAAAGUGCAACGUUUGCCUUCUGCCAAGGCGGUGUGGAAAGCAGAGCUGCAGCGGAGCACUGCUCCUGCAACAGGAAUCCUGACUCUGAGCAUUACACCCUCGGUCGACUCUCCAGUAGGGGAGUACACAAUGUCUGCAAGACUCGGAGAGGAGGAGAGGGCGUUGGCAAACCUUUCUGUGCUUUUCAACCCGUGGUGUCCUGGGGACAUGGUGUUUAUGCCUGAUGAAGUAGAGAGAAAGGAGUAUGUCAUGAAUGAACAGGGUAUAAUCUACAAAGGAGUUGAUAAUUACAUAUCUCCAAUUCACUGGGACUACGGACAGUUUGAAGAAGAUAUGGUGAGUAUUUGCGUGAAGAUCCUCGACUGCAGCAUAAAACACAAGCAAGACCCAGCCAAAGACGUUUCUGCUCGCUGUAACGCCAUCUAUGUCAGCCGUGUCAUCACAUCCAUGAUUAACAGUGAAAACGAAGGAGGCAUCCUGAAAGGAAACUGGGGAAAUGAUUUCAGAGGCGGGGUCCCACCCACCCACUGGAGCAGCAGCUAUCCCAUUCUUAAACAGUGGUUUAACGCCUGCUUCUGCUCUGUGAAGUACGGGCAGUGCUGGGUGUUUUCAGGCGUCAUGUGUUCAGUGAUGCGCCUGCUGGGCAUUCCCUGCCGUGUCGUCACCAACUACCAGUCGGCUCACGACACCAACAAGAACCUCACCGUCGACACCUACUUUGCUGACUACGGCGUGAGAGAGAAAGAGUCCAAAGACAGUGUCUGGAACUAUCAUGUCUGGGUUGAGGGGUGGAUGAGGCGGCCCGACCUGGCGAAAGAUGGUAGAUAUGAUGGCUGGCAGGUGUUGGAUCCAACUCCACAAGAAAAGAGUGACGGUAUGUUCUGCUGUGGCCCAGCCCCAGUCUCAGCCGUCCGGAACGGAGACACUCAUCUCAAAUACGAUGUUCCCUUUGUCUUCGCUGAGGUCAACGCAGACUGCAUAACCUGGCUGGUCAAACGUGAUAGAUCAAAGGUGAAGAUUCAUUCAGAGGAUCACAGAAUUGGGCAGAGCAUCUCUACCAAGGCUAUCGGCACGAGCAAGAGGAUGGACAUCACAGACAGCUAUAAGCAGAAAGAAG